UGAAAAUUUAUAAAAAUUUGCUGAAAUGUCAAAAUAUAGGUGUUUAUAGUUGUCUCAAUUAAAAAAAUGAAAAAGUUAUCACCUUUAAUAUAUAUUUUAUGUUUUAUUGUCGUAAGAGCAGAUGAACACAGUCACAUUUAUGAAGACAAUGAAGAAGUAGUAUUAUGGAUGAACACUGUUGGUCCUUACCACAAUCGCCAAGAGACUUACGGAUACUUUUCUUUGCCUUUUUGCGCUGGAAAUAGAAAGCAGCUGAGCCAUUAUCAUGAGACUCUUAGUGAAGCUUUACAGGGUGUAGAACUAGUAUUAAGUGGAUAUGAGGUUGAUUUCAAAGCUGAUAUUGCACCUACGGAGAUCUGUAAAGUACAGUUAUCAGAAAGAGAUAAAUUAACUUUUAUAUAUGCUGUAAAAAACCAAUAUUGGUAUCAAAUGUAUAUAGACGAUUUGCCUCUCUGGGGUGUAGUUGGCAAAGAGGAAGAUAAGGAGUACUAUAUAUACACACACAAGAAAUUUGAUAUUGGAUAUAAUGGCAAGCAAAUAGUAGAUGUGAAUUUGUCAUCUCAUAAGAAAGAACUACUUAAAACUGGAGCAGUUUUGACGUUUACUUAUGAAGUGACAUGGAAACCCAGCACUGUCAAGUUUGAAAAUAGGUUUGACAAGUAUUUGGAUCCUAACUUCUUUCAACAUAGGAUACAUUGGUUCAGCAUAUUUAACAGUUUUAUGAUGGUAAUAUUUUUAGUAGGACUUGUGUCUAUGAUUCUGAUGAGAACAUUACGCAAAGAUUAUGCAAGAUAUAGUAAAGAUGAGGAAAUAGAUGAUAUGGAACGUGAUUUGGGUGAUGAAUAUGGAUGGAAACAAGUACAUGGAGAUGUUUUUCGACAUGCUUCUUAUUCUAUGCUAUUUUCUACCUUGAUAGGAGUAGGAUACCAAUUAACAACAGUUGUAUUUUGUGUCAUAGUAUUCACUAUACUAGGAAAUCUGUAUACAGAAAGAGGAUCAUUGUUAUCUACUGCAAUAUUUGUUUAUGCUGCAACAUCUCCUAUCAAUGGAUAUUUUAGUGGCUCUUUGUACUCAAAAAUGGGAGGCAAAGUAUGGAUUCGUCAAAUGUUGUGGUCGACUUUCUUUUUGCCUGUUUUAGUGUGUGGAACUGCCUUUUUAAUUAAUUUUAUUGCAAUUUAUUAUCAUGCUUCAAGGGCUAUUCCUUUUGGAACAAUGGUCGCAGUAACUUGCAUAUGUAUAUUUGUCAUCUUGCCACUUACGUUAGUCGGAACAGUACUAGGAAGAAAUUUGGCUGGGCAGCCUGAUUUUCCAUGCAGAGUCAAUGCUGUUCCUCGUCCCAUUCCAGAAAAGAAGUGGUUCAUGGAGCCAGCUGUGAUUAUUUUAUUAGGAGGAAUCUUACCAUUCGGAUCCAUAUUUAUUGAGAUGUAUUUUAUAUUCACCUCAUUCUGGGCUUAUAAAAUAUACUAUGUCUAUGGAUUUAUGCUGUUAGUAUUUUUAAUACUUAUGAUUGUAACGGUAUGUGUUACAAUUGUUUGUACAUAUUUCCUUUUAAAUGCCGAGGACUACAGAUGGCAAUGGACAAGUUUCUUGGCAGCAGGCUCUACCAGCAUUUAUGUAUAUAUGUAUUCCUUUUACUACUUCUUCUUUAAAACCAAAAUGUUCGGUUUAUUCCAAACUACUUUCUAUUUCGGAUACAUGGGUCUGUUCAGUUUAGCAUUAGGAAUAAUGUGUGGCACAGUUGGAUAUGCGGGAACAAGUAUAUUUGUUCGUAAAAUAUAUUCAACAGUAAAAAUAGACUAAUUUUUUAUGGUAUUAAUAUUUAAAAUAUUGAUAUAAUUAAUUUAAAAUUUUUAUAUAGAACUGUGACUCAGUAAAAACUUAUUUGUUUGGCAAAGUUCUUUUUUAAUUUGACGUCUAUUUUUUUUUUCAUACUUGCAAAGGCUAUUAUUUUAUAAUGCCUUUGUUAUUAAAUUAUUUUGAGUAAGUGGUAUGUACGAAUGUCUUACGCACCUGGUCGCAUGGAGAUUUUGUGGUUACUGUAAUAUUAUUUUAAAAAACAAUCAUUUUAUUAGCUAAUUGUUUUUAAAGUUCUUCUAAGUGAUGCAAUUAGAUCAUAUUUAAAUCCAUAUUUGUGAUCAAAUUAUCACUAUUCUACCGACCAAUCAUUAUCUACUAGAUAUUUUAUCAUAAAUAUGAAUUGAUUGUCUUGAAAGUGUAUUUUGUUUAUAAUUAAAUCUUAGUAGCUAAAUAUGCACUGAUGAUUGUAGAGUGAAAGAUUUCUGUUUGAUAUAAUUCUGUCAUUAGUUAAUACUAAGAUAUCAAAAUAAUUGUGCCGUAAAUAUUAAUAAAAAAAA